CCGCAAAAAGAAAAGUAAGGAAAAUUCUUCGCAUCAGACGUUCGGAAAAUCCGCACUUUUCCGGCUUGGAACCAUAACUUCUCAGGUGGAUUGCAUUUUUCCAGUUUUAUUUUUUUGUUUUGGUUGAAGAAACGCCGAAACCGUAUCAGACAGCCAAAAGUCAACAAAGGUGGAUCUUUCCGGCGGUAGCGGCGGCGGCCAGCGUCAAGCAAUGGCCUCGGUGCGCAUUCCCGAGCAGAAAGUGAUCCUGUGCGGCGAGUACGGAGUGGGGAAGAGUUCAAUCUUCCGCCGGUUCGCUGCCAACAGUUUCGUCACGGCUACGGACCGGAAGUCCACCCUGGGGCUGGAUCAUUACGAUCGGAGUUUCACGGUUGGCGAUAAAGCCAUCAAGCUUCAACUGUGGGAUACCGGUGGUAUGGAGCGAGUCGCUUCCGUCACUUCCAGCUACUACAAGUUUGCCGAGGCUGCGUUACUGGUGUUCGCAUUGGACAAUCCGGCCUCGUUCCAUUCCCUAUCGCAGCACAUGCUGGACGUGGUUACGUAUGCGGAGAAUGCAAAGAUUUUUCUAGUCGGAAACAAGGUCGAUCUGGAGCAGACCGGCGAUCCGGAGGUGUCCGAUGCGGACAUGGAGUCCUUUUGCGAGCAGUGUCAUAGUUUAAUCAGCGCGACGUACAAAACGUCCUGCAAAACGGGCGAAGGGUUAGAGGAUAUGUUUCAGGAUAUUGCCAACAGCUUGGUGGAAUCGAAUCGGUCUCGGCUAGAACUGCAGGCGUUGGAUUCACACGGUUUUAAAAUUGAACCGCCGGAGGACUUUGGGGAACCGUCUUGUCUUUGCUAGUAUUUCGUGCCCUAAGCGGUAGGGCACAUAAAGAAAA